CGUGAUGAGUACAAGCGUGACGCCAAGCCUUACUACUACUACGAGCGUGAUGAGUACAAGCGUGACGCCAAGCCUUACUACUACUACGAGCGUGAUGAGUACAAGCGUGAACCUUACUACUACUACGAACGUGAUGAGUACAGGCGUGACGAGUACAAACGUGAAGCCGAUGAAUACAAGCGUGACGAGUAUAAACGUGAAGCCGAUGAGUACAAGCGUGAUGAGUACAAACGUAAAGCCGAUGAAUACAAGCGUGAUGAGUACAAACGUAAAGCCGAUGAAUACAAGCGUGAUGAGUACAAACGUGAAGCCGAUGAAUACAAGCGUGAUGAGUACAAGCGUGAAGCUGAUGAGUACAAGCGUGAAGCUGAUGAGUACAAGCGUGAUGAGUACAAACGUGAAGCCGAUGAGUACAAGCGUGAUGAGUACAAACGUAAAGCCGAUGAAUACAAGCGUGAUGAGUACAAACGUGAAGCCGAUGAGUACAAGCGUGAUGAAUACAAACGUGAUGAGUACAAACGUAAAGCCGAUGAAUACAAGCGUGACGAAUACAAGCGUGACGAGUACAAGCGUGACGAGUACAAGCGUGACGAGUACAAGCGUGACGAAUACAAGCGUGAAGCCGAUGAGUACAAGCGUGAUGAAUACAAACGUGAAGCCGAUGAAUACAAGCGUGAUGAGUACAAACGUGAAGCCGUUGAGUACAAGCGUGAUGAGUACAGGCGCGACUAA